CGUGGCCCUUCCAGGAAGUAAAGCUCACCGGUGCAUUGGACGCGCCGUAGCUUAAAGUUGUCAGACCAGCCCGGAACUAAAGAGGUGAUGUUUAGUGAGGAGGACGAUGUCGCUGUGACAAGACCACUUGUCGACCCCUAGCGACAAGCCAGCUGACUAAAAGCGUGGAGUUAUUUCGUUUUUGAUUUUCUCUCAGGAAGCUGCAAACGAGUACUUCCUGUUUGACCUCUGAUCUCUUAAAGGGACAGGAUGAAAUAAUCGAACGCGAUCGAUUCAUCGAGCGUGAAAUGAGGGAAAAGCUCUUUACGUCGACGCUGUUCCGUGUUCAGCGACUUUGAGGAGCUUUCCGACAUGGAGCACUGGUGCGAGGACUGGAUGUCGAAUUUGCCGGAGGAGCUGCUGGACGUCCCGCUGACCCACUUGGCCAUACCUGGAAGUCAUGACACAAUGAGUUACUGCUUGGACAUCACCUCCCCCUUGGUGAGGUCCGAGUCCGACCUGUUCAGGUUGCUGGAUGAAUUUUGCUGCUGCCUCACCAGGCCCACCGUCUUUAAAUGGGCCACCACGCAGGACCGCUGCAUCGAGGACCAGCUGUCGAUGGGCAUUCGAUACUUCGACCUGCGGGUGGCGCACAAACCGGGCGACAGUUCGUCCGAGUUGUACUUCACGCACAUCUUGUACACGCACGUGACCGUCUUGGACACGUUGUGGUCCGUGGCCUCCUGGCUGGAGGCCCACCCCAAGGAGGUCGUCAUCCUGGCCUGCCGACACUUUGAGGGGCUCAGUGACGCGUUGCAUCACUUCUUCAUAUGCAAUCUCAAGAAGAUCUUUGGAUCCAAACUCUGUCUGCGCCAGGAAGCGGACUGGACCCUGCGGCGUCUGUGGUCGUCGGGUCGUCAGGUCCUGCUCUCGUACGACGCCGACGUCGCUUCUCGACACGCCGAGCUGCUCCCCGGCAUCCCCUACUGGUGGGCCAACCAGCGCACGGCCCGCGCCGCCAUCAACUUCCUGGAGUGGAACAAGCAGCUCGGACGGCCGGAGGGUUUCUUCGUGGCGGGCCUAAACCUGACGGCGUACAGGAAGUACAUCAUCACCAACCCCAAGGAGUCUCUGCGCACGCUGACCUUGGGCCAGUGGCAGAGCCUGAGCGAGUGGGUGAAGGAGCAGACCCCGGGCUCGGACCCCUGCAGCCUCAACAUCAUCGCCGGGGACUUUGUCGGCCCGCUGCCACUCUGCCCCCUCGUCGUCGGGCUCAACGGGAAACUGCUGACGGACAAAAAGCGGAGCGCGGAAAACGGAUGCUAGCCCGAGUGCCCGGUGGACACUUGCACCGGCCAAUCAACUCUGUUCGUUGAGCAAUAGCUUUAUUAUAUCGAGAGCCGCUAAUGUAAACGUUUGCUUCCCGUGGUGGUCACAAUAUUAGGGAUAGCGCUCACUAUGAUUCAUGCAUCCGUCCGUUGUAUCGACAGCCAUGCAACAACGCGAUUAAUUAAAUCCUGCAGCCUAACGAGUGAGUAAUAAGAGCUGCUACUAUUUUUAAUAUUUUGGUUUCCCUGGUGGUCGCAAUAUUAGGAACAGCUCUCAGUAGAUUUUAAUUCAGACACACUUCAGUUGAUAAGUGUAAAAUAUAUAGGAUUCAAAUAUGUAAUACAAAAAAAAUAACUAAAAUUGACUUUGUUCUGACCAAAAAAGAAACACUUGACUCGGUCUAAAAUUCACUUUAUUACUUGAGUUGUUAAAUGUAAAAAAAAUACAAAAAUAAAAAUACCGUUUAUAUAUACCUAUAAAAAUCUAAAUAUAACAAAAAUGUCAACAAAUUUAACAAUCAAUAAUAGUGCCUCUAAAAUGAAUACAUAAUUUGGUUGUUAGUUCACACUUUUGAUAAAUAUAAAAUAUCUAUAUGAAGAGAAUAUACCUAUGUAAUAAAAUAAAAACUGUAAAAUUUUAAUUCUUUAGUCCAAGCCAGAAGCACUAAACAAAAAUAUAAAUAGAACCUCGAAAAUGUACUAAUUACCUGGCUGCUUUUAAUGCAUAUUUUAGUUGUUAAAUGUUAAAAACAUAAUAUGUCUAAUAUUUGAUAUCAAAAUGUAAAAAGUAUAAUCAAAUAAUUUUUACAAAUAACCAUGAAGUGUAACACUCCAAAAUGUCUCAUUUAUAUUGCAAAAUUUACGUGCUGGCUGUAAAGAAGGGGGGGGGGGGGGG